GGGGGGGCGGAACACUGAAUCACUAAAGCAAAAACCAACGAGAUCAAAACGAAAUCGCCCCGAAGCUUCCCGUUCGCCUACUUUGACCAGUUCACCUCCGCCCCCUCAACCAACCAACCAAAACCCUUCCCACGGGGCGAUUCCUCCAUUGAGAGCAAUCGCAAAAUCCUCCCUCCUCUGAUACCCUAUCGACUCCUCCCUCUCCCACCCUCGGUCGGUCGGUCGCCGUCAAGCGAUCGGUACCCUGCACCCGCUGUAGAGUUCGAGGUGUCGCGCGCUCGGCUUUCUAUCGGGGUUCUGGUCUCGCCGAUCGAGGAUGACCGUGGGAUCCGACUCGUCGCCGGCGGUUCGCGGCAGCGCGUGGCCCCCGGGGUUCCGGUUCCACCCCACUGACGAGGAGCUCAUACUGUACUACCUCAAGAGAAAGAUCUGCAGGAAGAAGCUGAGGCUCAACAUCAUCGCCGAGCUCGAUGUCUACAAGUGGGAUCCCGAAGAGCUGCCUGGUCAUUCUAUACUGAAGACUGGUGAUAGGCAGUGGUACUUCUUCAGUGCCAGGGACAGGAAGUAUCCCAAUGGUGCGAGAUCAAACAGGGCGACCAGGCAUGGCUAUUGGAAAGCAACAGGGAAGGACCGCAACAUUACAUCCAACUCCCGAUCCGUUGGAGUGAAAAAAACCUUGGUUUUCUACCAAGGUAAGGCACCUAGUGGGCAAAGGAGCAACUGGGUUAUGCAUGAGUAUACUCUAGAUGAAGAGGAGCUCAAGAGAUGUAAAAAUGCGAAGGAUUAUUAUGCUCUGUACAAGGUUUACAAGAAAAGUGGAGCUGGCCCUAAGAAUGGAGAACAGUAUGGCGCUCCAUUCAGAGAAGAAGAAUGGGCCGAUGAUGACUCUGAAGUUGUGAAGACUGUCGGAGAGGAAAUUCUUCCAACGCAACUUCCUGAAGUCACUUCAGUUGACAAUGUGACUGAUGUUACUCGUUUGGAUCCUCCAGCAGUAGAUGAUAUUGAGGAGCUCUUGAAACAAUAUAUGCCUGAACUUGAUGAUCCAGCAGCAGUAGACAGUUUGGCUCCUGUUCCUGUAUUUCCUCAGUUUGGGAAUGAAGAAGAAGCACAGAGUUCGCUUUUUAUUCCUCCAACAAGUGAAUUCUCUGUGGAGCCAGUUUAUGCAUUCAACUCAAACCAGCCUCUGCAUGAUUUGCAGCCCAGCUUUGAGUUUAACUCAUUGGGCGUUUCUCAAUACCAACAACAAGAGGCUUCAUCUGUGGUAACUUUUGCACCUGAAAAUUGUCCUCUUCAACCUCAGAUCAGGGAGGAGGAUUUUCUGGAGAUUGAUGAUCUUAUUGGUGGCCCUGAGCCCUCUUUUGGCAACAUUGAGAAGCCUGUCGAAAAAUCACCAUUUGAAGAAGUGGAUGGAUUGUCGGAGCUGGAUGUCUUCCACGAUGCUGCCAUGUUUCUUCGUGACAUUGGGCCGAUGGAUCAAGAAAACGUCGCAGCUCCUGACAUGAACCUUUUCAAUUACGGUGUAGUUGACGAUGGUAAUUACCAAUACCAGGUGCAACAGAACCCCUUACUCAUGGCACAGCAGAGUGCCAAUCAAUUAUGGGUUCAUGAUCAGAGAGGCAACGCCUUCACCUCGUGGGAAUCAACACAAGGGGUUCAGCCUCCUCCGUCAGGUUUUGUUAGUGAUUCUGGUAAUGACAACGUUAGCAAUGCAAAUCAAAACCAGAACGGCGGGGAAGAAGUUAGUGGGCGGAUGAGUCGGUUUUCAUCUGCUGUCUGGUCAUUUGUGGAGUCCAUCCCGACCAACCCGGCUUCAGCUUCAGAGAAUGCUCUUGUCAGUCGUGCCUUCGAGCGGAUGUCUAGCUUUAGUCGGGUAAGAAUAAACUCUGUGGCAACGAAUGUUGGUUCUGUUACUGGUGCUGCUGCUGUAGUUAGGAGAAGCGGCAAAAGUAGAAGAUUUGUUUUGUUUUAUGUUAUCGGAGUGCUGGGCGCUCUGUUUGGUGUGCUGAUAGGAACAUUGAGACUCUGGGAAAGAUGCGUCUCUCCAUAAAGAUGCGUAUUGAGACAUAACUUACGUGUCUAUAUGCCACUGUAAAUGGGUUAGUGCCUAUUAAUAUGUUUUCCUGGUACAUUGGAAAAUAUCAAUGCAAAUCUAAGCCGAUUCUGUCAUCGAAGGCUUACCCCUUUUAA